CGAUCGUCCGCAUAUAACCUUCCCUGCGGAUCAAAAUAUUAGGGCACGUGAGACGGGCUAUAGGCGGUCAACAGUUUCAGCUCUCCUGUAAGCCUGCGUUCUUUCCUUUCUCCGCGUCCCCUUUCGUGCUUGCUAAGCUAAGAGUUCGAUAAAUAUCGCAAAAAUUGCUGCUUCUCUUCUAUCUUAAGAGAGAGAGGGGGAGCGGAAGGAGAUGAAAGGGAAGGGAAAGAUCCACCCAUCGCCCCCGCCGCAUGACGCCCUGGCGGUGCUCGGCCUCCUCCCGGCGGCGAUCCUCGCGCUGACGGCGGCGCUGCGGGAGGAGGACAAGGAGGUGCUCGCGUACCUCCUCACGCGGUCGAUCGACGGUCCGGCGGCCGCGGCGGAGGAGCGGCGGCAUUGCCGGAGGCCAGGUAGCGCAACCCAGCACCUGCCGGUCUUCGGCUGCGGGUGCUUCGACUGCUACACCGGGUUCUGGUCGCGCUGGGAUUGCUCCCCCGACCGCGAGCUCAUCCACCAGGCCAUCGAGGCGUUCGAGGAGCACCUCGCGAGCGCGGAGAAGAAGGGCGCGAGGGGGCGGCGGGCGGAACGCAAGGCCGCCGAGCGGGCGGUCAAGGGCAAGGGCAAGAAAGGCAAGGAGAAGGAGAAGGAGAAGGUUCGGAUACUGGCGGUGGAGGCGGAUAAGGCUCAAAAACAGCCGGAGGAGGCGGAGAAGCCUCUCGAGGUGACGACUCCUGGGGGAUCGGAGGGGUUCGCUAGCGAAGAGGCCCCGGUGGGAGCGGGAGCGGGAGCCGCGACGAAGACGGCGGCCGCGGAGGAGGAGGGUGUGGAGGCAGAGGCGGGGAACGGCGAGCGGCGAAGGGGAUGGGCGGACGUGAUGGGGAUGUUCCAUUCGCGUUUGUGGAGCCUUUGGGGUCCGGGCGCGUGAGGCAUCAUCAUUGAGGUGACGGAGAAAUUAGACGCUUAAAAAAGGGUAAUAUCAUAAAUCUGCUGUAAAAAUCGUACUUGUUUGUUUUAUUAUCAUAUUCGCCGUUAAUUAUGUAAAUUAUGAUCACUGAUUCCGGUAGUUUUGUUCGUUAAUAUUAUGCUUGCAUGCAAAUAAUGGGAGGCAAAUUAAUUCGGUCGUUGGGCAUUUUUUCUGUGUCCAAUUAAAUGCAAUCAACCAUCAGUAUUAAUUAAGUGGAGCCAAGUGGCAUAAUGCUACGUGCUUAUCCACAAGCAGUAGCCCAUGCAUUGUUUAAGCUUUGUUGUUUAGUACUUUGCUCUUACAUCGAGUGAUGCCAUUGUUAGGUAAGAAAGAGAUGGAGAAGGAUUAGUGGUCUUUGAAGCGGAUUAAGCAAGGAAUGCUGCUUGUCCUAAAUGACUUCUAGUUUUAGAGUGGAGGAAGAUAUUAAUGUAUUUAAUAAUGUUUCGAUCUGGCUGAUGAUAUUAGUUAAAAGAGGGACUGAACAUCUCAUUAGGUGAUGAUGAUAUUUUAAUUGUGAUACACAUAAGUUUAUUAUUAUGUCGGUAAUUUCAUCGUCGAUCAUAAUCAUCCUUGUUCCUCUAACCUCAACCAAGUCAUUUUUACAUCGACAUCCAUUAGAUUAUUCGUUGAUUCUCUGACCUCGAUUAAAUCACUUUUAGUCGAUAAUAUUAUAAUCUCUGAUUCUAAAUAUAUGUCUUUAAGAAUAUUUUUUAUAAAAAAAUGAUGUCUAAAUAUUUUUGGACUUAUUUACGGUAAAAUUACAUAUUUUGCUUUCCAUCGAAGGAUUUGUAUAAGGAAUAAUUCGAUGGCCACAACUUUCUGUAGGAGCCAAACGAGAUUGAAUCUAUUUCAUCUAAAAAUAAUAUAUUAUAUAAUAAUUAAUGUCAGAGUAUUAAAUUCUAAUGAAAUGACUGAAACAUGAGACCCUUAUCAAAGUACAUGAUCAUUGAAGUCGAGAUAUUAAGUUCUUAUGAAAUGACCGAAGGAUUAGACUCCACGGUGCAAGCGUCGAAGGUGGCUUCUCUUCUUGCUGACAGGUGGAUCGCGGGCCCCAUGAAGGUACCGUGAGAGCACAGAGCAUCGUGGACGAAGGGGUCCACUUAUUUCCUCCUAUUGGUCGAAUUUGACUGCGGGUGUCGGCGUCAUUUAUGGUUGGUGAUUGGGGCUGACUCGGUGACGACAACCAUUCCUGUUCCUGUUGUACCUGUUCUUGCUUCCGAUCAAGAAGCAGAUACCUUUGUUAUCGGGGAUGAUGUUCGAGAUGAUCGUCUCAAUUCAGUUUGGUUGGAAUUUGUAUCCACGAUGAAUCUUCAUAUUUGAUCGCCAAGAUCUCAAAAUGUUUUUGGUUUCUCAAUACGCUUGAAUUAGUGACGAAACGAGAUGGAGGUUUAGAUUGGUUUCUCAAUACCUUGAUUACUGUAGUUUAAUAAAUAGAUUUUUUUUUGAAUAAUCUAAUUUGAAGAAAUAUUUCAUGAUCUAAUUAAAAUAUUUUAAAGAUAUUUUAUAUUGGAUCGAUGUCCAUGUGGUUCAGUAGUUAAAUGAGGCCUUGACUAUCUCGGUUGACUGAUCUAUCAUGUAUCUAUCGUAAUAAAUAUUUUCUCUAUCAUAACAAAUAUAUAUUGAUUCGUAAUCAAAACAUUAAAUUGGUUAUAUAGGAAGGAUUCAUAAGUUUCUUGGAAUUAAAAUUACUUACGAGCUAGCGUGAAAAUUUAUUUCUUGAACACAUGAUUUUUUUGGUUUGUUAGUGAAAUUUUUAGGAUAAAAAAUUUAUCAUGAUAUUUGAGUGGACUAUAAGUUCAAAUCAUAUACUUGUCUCUUUUUAUUUAAUUAAAAUAUUACGGAUAAUUAACUUGUAAGAGAAGAUAUUAAAAUCUACAUAGGAUUACUAAUUCAACACUUGAUUUAUCUAUCUAUGAUAGAGAUGAGAGCUUCUGCUUUUGGAUGAGGGAGGAGAGAGUGGAAUGCAUCCCUCUCACUUUCCUUCAUCUAUCAUCACAGAAAGUGAGCUCACAGGGUAGAGCUGAAGACCACCCACCAUGAGUUGAGACAUGCAAAACCACUCCAAACACAAAAAGAAGUUGAUGAUUUAGACUCAAUCCUCCUUCAUGUUCUUGGUUGGGUCAUGGUCCUUAAUUUUCCUAACUUUUGUUGCUUGUGCAGUUUGACAGUGAAGUAGUAGCCAACUGAAGAAAACAAAGACUUCUUCUUGGUUUGGUGGUCAUUUAAAUCCAAGUCAUGAUCCUUCUAGCUUUACUGCAAAGUCAAUGGAAGGUUGGUAGCAAGUGCAACCUCUGUCUGUACUUUAAUGCUUUUAAUAUUCUUGUUUGUGCCAAACUCCAUUAGAACCCUAGGAAAGAUUUGGAAGAACAUGGUUCCACCAAUGAAACAAACACUUGAAUGCACCCCCAACAGUCGGUCCCUUGAAAGAUUAUGAGAAGGCAAUAAUGCUGCUUCUCACCUCAUUUUUCUACAUUGAUGGAUGUUGGAAUGAAAUGGAAGUUCUUCUCCAAAUUUGCUACACAAAGAGUAGUUAUUGGCAUAAUUAAUCUUUUUCUAAUAAAUUAUGAUAAAAUUUAAUUGGUUGGAUAAUAUUAGUUGAAAUAAAUUUAUUUCAAACAGCGACUGCCAUACCGAAUCGUAUCGCCCGGUACGACGGUACAUAUUGGUCCGACAGGCCAGCGGACUGCUCGGUACCAAUCUGCACUGUAGCAGUGUUACAGUAACACUGCAGCGCACUGUAGCAGUGAUACAGUGCUCGAUACACCAUAUCGUACUCGUACCGGUCCCAGGUCGAAAUACCAGUACGGUACGAUAUUACGAACCUUGAUUUCAAAAACCUUUUUGAUUCUCACAUCUCUAAUCCCCUCAUAGAUUCAAUUGUUAGAAUAUAAUAAUAUUCAGAAAGUGGGUUAGAUAACCUAUGACUCCAUUAAUUAGCAUGAGACGAAGUCUAAUUCUGAAAUUAAUAAUUACAACUUGCUAAGCCCACAGAGAAUAAGUCCAAUGCAACGUUGGAAGACCAGAUUCAUAGAAUAGAUGAUCGAUAAAUGCCGUCAUAUUAAUAGGAUAAAUCGAGAAACACGUACGAAUACUAUAGAACUCCGCACAUUUUUAUGUGCAUAAAAUUAAAGGUCACACGAGCUAACAUGAUUUGCACUAAAAACGAUUCAAAUUGCAUCGAGAUUAGCAAACAACAGAUGCACAAGUUGAUGCAAUCUUGAGAACCAUUUCGCACGCGGACACGUGGCCGAAGUCUCAUCCACCCUUUACAAUGAAUGGCGGCACCCUUCGCUUGCUUGCCGGUCACGACUCUCUCUCUCUCUCUGUCUUCUCGCACCCAACAGCCGCCACCGUCCACCCACCACUCCAUAUAUACAUGGAAAGCUCCCUGCAACGACCACCGUCGUCUGCCUUGCCUUCCCCUCGGCGCUCCUUCCUAGCUAGCCGUCCGAUAUGAUCAGUAGCGCCCAGGUUCCAUCUGAAGCGCAAGGAGCUCAUCAGGUGGAAUCGCCUCUCGAGGAGGAGAAGAAGGUGCAGCAGCAGAAGCAGCGGUACGCCUUCCACACCAGGAGUCAUGUGGACAUACUCGACGAUGGCUAUCGCUGGAGGAAGUACGGCCAGAAGGCAGUGAAGAAUAACAAGUUCCCAAGAAGCUACUACCGGUGCACACAUCAAGGCUGCAAUGUGAAGAAGCAGGUGCAGCGGCUAUCCAAAGACGAAGGCAUUGUGGAGACGACUUACGAGGGAGUCCACAACCAUACCACGGAGAAACCAAUCGACAGCUUUGGGCAUGUGCUGGAGCAGAUGCAGAUCUAUUCUUAAUUUUGAUGUCCCCACAAGGAAUCUGAAGCCUCUGUGAAGAGAGGAGUAUACAUGAACAAGGAAAGAAAGAAACUACUGUGAUGAAGACACAGGGAUUGAUUGAUGCACAACAAUAACAAGGGUUUAGGAAUUCUUGUUUGCUCCAAGUUAUUCUGAGACUUGUUGCACAAGCAACAUGCUGUGUAUGGAUUAUGUGGGGGGAUGUGAUUUCUCUAAUUAAUGAAACCACGAUGAUCGUGUGGAGUUUAAGUUGACCGACACAAA